UGAACCUUAAGACGCCCAGCAUCCCCUUAAAUCCUCUCAUCACUCUUCAGCAAUCGAAAUCAACGAAAACAUCACGAUGAGCUUUUCAGCGAUUCUACCUCUCCUUCUUCUUCUUCUUCUUCUUCUUCAUCCAGGAUAUGCUCUGAUCUCAGUGACAUCGUUUGGACUCGGGGAACCCGGCACUUUGACGUGUCCGAUGCCUGAUUUUGAGUACAGCAACACUCGAGUGAAGUGGUACAAGCAGAGCGUCGGUGACACGCUUGUGCUGAUCACUUCUCUGAUGAAAGGGGCUGCAAAUUCCAAUUUUGAAAAAUCGUUUCCUUCGUACCGAUUUGAGGUGAACUUCACUGCGACCAUGUGCUCUCUGACCAUUCUGAAGACGGUGCCGGAGGACGAGGCGGUGUACCACUGUGCCAUCUCUACCUGGAACAAGGAUCAUUGGAGUGGGACGUAUUUGUCUAUAAAAGGAAACGCUGAGAGGAUAACAGCCAUCACUGUGGCUCAGUGGCCGACAGUUUCUCACUCUGUCCGUGCAGCAGACUCGAUAACUCUGCGAUGUUCAGUCCUCUCCGACUCCCAGAAAACGACCUGUCCAAGUGAGCACAGCGUGCACCUGAUUGGAGUGCGAUCAGAUGAAUCACAUGCUAACAUCAUGUACACUGAUGGAAACAGAGGUGAUAAAUGUGACAAUAAAUCUGAAGAGCAUCCGACUCCAAAGACCUGUAUCUACCACUUCUCUAAGAACGCCCGCUCCGCAGACGAUGGCACGUUUUACUGCGCCAUGGCUACAUGUGGAGAGGUUUUAUCUGACAACAGAACCAAACUGGAAGGCAGCAGUUUGUGGUCCUUUGAGUUAAUGAAAGAAGCCAUCAUUCUGUGUCUGCUGUCUGCUGUCCUGGUCAUCAGUGUGACCGUCAUGGCCCUCCUCAUCUACGGCAUCAAGAAACACAGAUGUGAUAACUGCAACGAUGCAGCUGCUGCUGCUGCUCUGCAGGAAAAUGUUACAAACAGGAAGUUAAAGAGAGACGAUGAAGACACCUGGAUUUAUUCGACUGUCCUCUUUACCGUGGUGAAAACUGGCAAUGGUGGAAGAAGGGACGUGAAACAAGACAGAGAGAGAAUCUACGCUGUCAAGGCGCCGGGGUUCGAUUAGCUUUUUAGACGGGUCGUUAGCCUUUAUGUAGCUCAGUGUGUGAUCGCUGAUGUUAUCCUGAAAGCCGAAGGUUAAUGAUGGUUUUUUCUUUUUCUUUUGUUUGUUUAAAUGUUUGGCUUGAAGCAGGUGCUGUACAUGAGCGACUAUAUGAAAGUAAAGAAUGCAUUUUGUGAUAGCAGUAAGCACGGCUACGAGCAGG